CUGUUUAUUAAAAGAAAAUCAAAAUGGAUAAAACCAUAUAUAAAACCAAUUCAAAUCAUCCGGAUCCAUGUCCAGAUCCAUUUUCGCUUCACUUCUCUAGGGUUUCUCAAAACCCAUUCUAGCACCUCUCUAGUCUCUACCCUCAAAUUCCCUCUGUCGGAGAACAAAUUCCGUCGCCGGAAACCGAACGAACUCACCGGAAACAAAAAAAUCAGAACCGAAAAAAAUCCGCCGCUGCAUCUGCUAUUUCGUCACGGUCUCCCCACCGCUCCUCGCUCUCUCGGAAAUAUCUCUCACAGAAUGAAUCGUUUGCGAGAUUCUGCUUUCACUCAACGGAAACGACAAAAAGUGUCGGAGCCGGUGUUGACAGAUGAAGAGCGUUUACUCUUUAACCUCAUACGUAGCAGAGAAAACAUAGGGAUAUGGACUGGAGACAUGAAAAGAGAAACAAAUCUUCUUACUACUGUGGUCAAUAAAUCCCUGAAGACACUUAUAGCCAAGAAUAUGAUAAAGGAAGUUACUACUAUUCAAAACAAAGGUAGAAAACACUACAUGGCAAAAGAGUUUAUGCCUUCCGAGGAAAUCACCGGUGGUCAUUUUUAUCAUGAUGGGAAACUUGAUACUGGUUAUAUAAACAGUUUAAAAGCUGUGUGCUUGAAAUGCAUUUUCAUGCAGAAAGUUUCCACAUGUGAUGGUUGUGUGGAGUCGAUUAAAAGAAGUACUACAGUCUUUAAUACUGAAGUCACAACAAAACAAAUGGAAGAGAUUUUGCAAACUUUGGUUUUGGAUGAUGAGAUCACGCAGAUGAUAAGUACUGGACUUGGGGAAUUUUCAUCUAUUCCUGUUGGCAAAACUUGUUACAUGAGCAAAAGCAAAGGUGGAGUUAUAGGGGAAAAGAAGACUGCUGACUUGACUUCCAUUCCAUGUUUUUCUUGUCAAAGAAUUAGCUUUUGUUCACCAGAUGGCACUAUCUCUCCAGCAGCAUGUGUUUAUUAUCAGAAAUGGUUAGAUUUCUGAAAUCACUGGAUUACUAGUUUGUUUUCUUAUGCUCUCCAAGUUUUGAAAUUUAUAAUGUGAAGAGUGCAAUUUAUAGAAUAUUCAUAAAUGUUUAUGUUUGGAUCAGUUUUGAUAAACGUGAUUUUGAUUGAGUAGAAUUUAUUUUGUAAAAUCAAUUUGGUUAUUUUGAAAGCAAGUUUAAUGUAAAAAUUGGUGCAACUUUUUAAUCCAAU